GAGUGGUCUAAUUUCUGACAAGUAUCAACGUUACACGUCCAUGCUUAAAUCUGAAAUGGUGCGGUCGAGUAAAUAAAUAGUGCAAUGCGUCGUAGUUCACAUGAAUUGUAUUUGUUAAUCUAUAGUGUUAUGAUAUCGAUAUUUUCACCAUCAAUAUAUUCGUUGUGUUAGCUAUACAACAGCCAGUAUGUUGACCGGAUGCCUGAGAAAAGGAAGUAAAUCUACCAGGCUGAAGAUGGCACUCAUGCUCUUAGUACUGAGUUGUCAAUUCGUCCAUGUUCUCAGCGAAAAAUCUUCCUCUGCGUUGACUGUUGUGGAGAGCACUGAGACCAGCCUGGAUGAUGAGGAUGAGCACCACAUGGAGGAAGAGAGUGAUCCUGAGGAUUUGGAUGUGUUCCGUCCCACGGACCAGUGGCAGUCUCUCAAACCAGGCCAGGCAGUCCCAAGGGGCUCUCACGUAAGGCUCAACCUCCAGACAAGCCAGAGGGAGGUCAAACUUGGGGAACAUCAGAUUCUCAAAUACCAGAUCGAUGGACAAAGACAGGGGAAGGAGAACACACCAGGCCCAUCCUUCAAUGCUGAGGAGCUGAAGAAGGCUCUGAAAAAUAUAAAAGAAGGAGUGGAUCCCGAAACUAGUGACAAAGAAAAAGAAGAGAAGGAGGCUCUCAGAGCCCAGUUUCGUCCCAUGGAGGAGCUGAAAAGAGACAUGGCCAAACUGGACAUGCUGAUGGAGUCAGACUUCCAGGUUAUUAGCCGACUGAUGUCCCAAUUCAACAGCUCAAACACCACUGUGGAGGAGAAGAUAAAAGCUUUACAUGACCUAGAGUACCUUGUUCAUCAGGUGGACAAUGCCCAGAACUUGGCAUCUAGGGGAGGAUUGAAGCUUGUGGUUGAUGCUUUGAACAGCACAGACUAUCGCCUUCAGGAGAGUGCUGCUUUUGUCUUGGGGUCAGCUCUGUCAAGUAACCCGGUGGUGCAAGUGGAGGCGGUUGAAAGUGGUACUCUGCAGAAGCUGUUAAUGUUACUCGCCACACCACGACCCAUGUCUGUUAAAAAGAAGGCGUUGUUUGCUGUGGCCUCUUUGCUACGUCACUUCCCCUUUGCCCAAAGCCACUUCCUGAGGCUGGGUGGGCUGCAGGUGUUGGGGGAUCUUUUCCGAGCUUCCGAAGGUGGGGCCCUCCGUGUGAGGAUUGUAACCAUACUCUAUGACAUGAUCAAUGAGAAGGAGCUGAUUUCUCAGACUGGACUUGACACCAUUCCAGAUGCUUCUCACAACGAGCGGUUGCGGCAGUAUGCACAGGUCUCCCUCAUGCCACUGUUGGCAGAGCAGGGCUGGUGCAGCCUGGUGCCUGAACUGUUGGCCUCCCCAGAGCACGACUGGAAGGAAAAGGCCCUGAGAACUAUCCUGGCCAUGAUGCCUCACUGCCAGACUCAGUAUCGGCAGGACUACACCCUGUCUUCCUCCCUCCACACCCUACAGGAGCAGUACCAGGAACUGGUGCUCUCAGAGCAGGUCCUCGGAGACGAGGAUGGGUACUUUGGGGAGAUCCUGGCUCUGUUGGAGACAGUGCUGCUGAAACUGAAGUGAGCAUAGGGCUGGGUGGAGAAACCCCAUCAAAGGACAAUAAAGUCUGCAGCUCUGUAAAGUAACAUUUUUAUUUAGAGACUGUAAUAUGAUCACACAUCUGCAAAUCAGAAGGUUGCCUUUUUCAGUUGUUGCCUCAGAGGGCUUAGUCUUCCUUACAGCUUUUUUUUUCUGCAUCUGUGAUGCCUCAUGCUUUGCCUUGUCUCAAUAAGGCUCUCCAGUCCUCCCUGAGGAAUACAUUUAGCUGGGCUAAAUGUCAUUUUCCCUUAUAUGUUUCUUAUUCACAGUGUGCUCUAUCGAUCUUCUUGUUGGAUUGCCCUCUAAUGUGAGACUGGUGCGCCUGUGGGUGGCGGGUAGAGCAUUGGGUUAGUAACCGAAAGGUUGCUAGUUCGACUCCCCGAGCCGACUAAUUGUAAAAGUUGUCGAUCUGCCCUUGAGCAAGGCACUUAACCCUAAUUUGUACAGGGUUGGCUGAUCCCAGGCCGUGACCCCUCUCUGCAGGUGUCUUGGGGGGUACAAGUUACGUACUUGUACAUGUGUGACAAUUAUAAGCACCCCCUAUUUAUCCUGCUGCUAACAGUAAUGACAUCAGAACUAUAUUGAACAAAAAUAUAAACUUAACAAUUAAUUCAUAAAAGGAAACCAGUCAAUUUAAAUUAAUUAAUUAGGCCCUAAUCUAUGGAUUUCACAUGACUGGGUAGGGGCGCAGCCUUGACAGGGCAUAGGCCCACCCAUUUGGGAGCCAGGCUAACACACUGGGGAACCAGGCCCAGCCAAACAUAAUUAGUUUUUCAACAGAAAAGGGAUUUAUUACAGACAGAAAUACUCUGUCUGUUUCAUCGGCUGUCCGAGUGGCUGGUCUCAUACGAUCCCGCAGGUGAAGAAGAAGGAUAUGGAGAUCCUGGUUACACAUGGUCUGCGGUUGUGUGGCUGGUUGGAUAUUCUGCCAAAUUCUCUAAAAUGAAGUUGGAGAUGGCUUCUUGUAGAGAAAUUAACAUUAAACUCUCUGGCAACAACUCUGGUGGACAUUCCUGCAGUCAGCAUGCCAACUGCACGCUCCCUCAACCUGACAUCUGUGGCAUUGUGUUGUGUGACAACUGCAGAUUUUAGAGUGCCCCUUUUAUUGUCCCUAGCGCAAGGUGCACCUGUGUAAUGAUCAUGCUGUUUAAUCAGCUUCUUGACAUGCCUCACCUGUAAAGUGGAUGGAUUAUUUUGACAAAGGAGAAAUGCUCACUAACAGGGAUAUAAACAAAUGUGUGCGCAAAAUUAGAGAGAAAUACGCUUUGUGUGUGUGUGGAACAUUUCUGGAAUCUUUUAUUUCAGCUCAUGAAACAUAAAUGCAACAUGUAAA